AUGUGUAUAGCGGGCGUGCGCGGCGACCGCCCCCGGCCGCGCCACGGGCCACAGGCCACGCGCCACGGGCCAUGCGCCACGCGCCACAGGCCACAGGCCACGGCCACGAGGCCCCCUCACGCCCACCCCCCUAAGCGCGGCGGGCGGCGCGAGGGCGGGCGGCCCGCCCGCCCCCGCGCCGCCCAGCCGCUUUAUAUAAAAAGGAAAAUUAUGAUAGACUUACACGUGCGUCCUUGUUGUUUCUUUUUU